CUUCCUCAGUGCCUCUUGUCUCCUUUUCAGAUCCUCCCGUGAGAACAGGCAGAAAAAUGGGCUCCUCUGGGUUGGAUUUCUGUGGAGCCCGACUCUAGGGGUGGAGGGGGCUCCGGACGAAGGCAAGAGGGUGCCGUUCGGGGAGCGGGAAGGUCCUCGGGAACCCAGGCCUCCUGUCCUCGUAAGAACCACCUGCAGGUGCGAGUCUACAUCCCAGGCCUCAUCCUGACCCCUUUGCAGCUCCUGGAGCAACCAGGAAUCUCCUCUGAGUCGAAUCGUAGCGUCCAGGCCUUGCAGCGGAUCGUCUCCUCCUCGGGAAUCCUGGGGGAGCCCCCCCAAGAGACGGCCGUCCACUGAAGGAGCGCCUCUGCCUCCCCCCCCGGGGGGGGGGAGAUCCUCUGCUGCUCCAGAGCUUCCUGCAGGUUCCUCUGAUCUGAUCCGUUCCUGGGGUUGAAUUGAGGAAGCGCCGAGGAUGGAACUUGUUCUUCUGGAGAAGCCCCUUGGGGAAAGACCCCCCUAGCCUGUUUUUCCCCCACCCUUGGUGGCGAUGUCGUGUUCCAGGGUCCGUCCCAGGUGCUCCCCGGCCCUUGGCCAGUCCCCCCGCCCCCAGGCUGUCUCGGACCUCACUGGGGCCUGACCCCCCCCCGGGCUCUCCUCUGCUUCUCCCUCGCCCCCAUGGCCACCAUGUGUCUGGAGUGGCUUGUGGGCUGGAGCGGCUCGCUGGACAGGCUGCGGGGCGUGAUCGGCACCGGGGUCCAGUCGGUGCGGGACUGCGACGUCGCCGCCCUGGGCACGGUGCCGAACGGCUACAGCGGCGGCCGCUCCCUGGAGUGCGCCCGCUGGGCCCGGGGCGAGGGCCUGGACCAGAAGCUCUACCACCACCUGCAGGAGUACGCCAAGCGCUACUCCUGGUCGGGCAUGGGCCGCAUCCACAAGGCCAUCCGGGAGCAGAGCCGCUACCGGAGCAGCCGGCCGGCCAUCCAGCGGCCGGAGGUCUUCUUCCUGCCGGACCUGCCCACGGCCCCCUACUUCUCCCGGGAGGCCCAGAAGCACGACGUGGAGCUCCUGGAGCGCAACGCCCAGACCAUCGCCGGCGAGUUCGAGGCCCUCUACCAGGCCUUCUCCAGCGGCAGCCUCCCGCAGGGCUGGAAGGUCCACAGCACACCCAGCGGGGAGUGGCUGACCUUCUCCCUGGUCCGCCAGGGCACCUGCCUGCCCCGCAACUGCCGGAGGUGCCCCCGGACCUACCGCUUGCUCGGCAGCCUCCGGACCUGCCUGGGGAACAACAUCUUUGGGAACGCCUGCCUCUCCGUCCUCACCCCCGGCACCGUCAUCGCCGAGCACUACGGGCCCACCAACAUCCGCCUCCGGUGCCACCUGGGGCUGAAGACCCCCAGCAACUGUGAGCUGGUGGUGGGGGGAGAGCCCCAGUGCUGGGCCGAGGGACGCUGCCUGCUCUUCGACGACUCUUUCCUCCACACGGCCUUCCAUGGAGGUCCCCCCGAGGAAGGGCCCCGUGCCGUGUUCAUGGUGGACCUCUGGCACCCCAACGUGGCCGCUGCAGAGCGCCAGGCCCUGGACUUCAUCUUCGCUCCGGGACGAUGAUGUGACCCCCCCUCCCUGCUGGUGGGCUGGAGGAGGUCCAGGGCGCCUGGAGCUGGGAUGCCGAGCCCGCGCAGCCUCCACAGAGACCUCGCCUGUCCUGGCGCGUGGAUCUCCGACAGGGAGGCGCACCCGUCCACGUGGCGUGAGGGCCGCUCCUCGUGCUGAACUUCCGCCCCUUGGGACCGUCCACCUUGCCGUCUUGUUCAUUCUGUCCCUCGCUCGAAGGGAGCGGGAAAGGACAGAGCUGUCGUCCCCCCCACCCCAAUGCCACCUCCUGCUCCUCUGUUAGGCACAGUGCCACUGUAGUGUCUGUGCGUGCGUGCGUAUGUGUGUUCAUGUUGCUAGCUGUGUCCCAAACGUAGAACCCAAGAGCCCACCUGGGGGGCUCUUCUGGAUGAACGUCACCACGUCCACCUUUUUUCUUGUGAGCAUCUCAAGACACGAAGCCACCCGCACCUCGGCCCCCCCAAAAGGGCAAAAGCAAAAUGCAGAAGGCGCCGGGAGGGAGAGGGUCCCCAGGGGACCCCCAUAGCAGCUUUUUGGGGGUGUGUGUGGCCCCCUCUGGGCCUAUUUCCCCCUUUUGCUGUAAGAGGUCUGACGCACCCCUCCUUAGAGAAAGUGGGGGAGGAAAAGGGUAAAGGCUGAAUGUGUGUAUGUGAGAGGGAGGGAGAGAGGCAGAGAGAGGAUCGGGAUGCCCCCCCUUUUCUGCCAGCUUUGCAUCAGCCUCUUUGGUGCCUUCUGGAUCCCUUGGCUUUGGUCGCUGCUCGGAUCGGGGCCGGCAGCGGGGAGCGCGUGGG